AUGGCGGCUCCUGGUCCUGUGACUCCUGGGGCACCCUUUGAACCAUCACAGCCCCCAGUCAUUGAGGGCUUUAGCCCCAGUAUCUACAGCACUCAAGAAAGCUUCAAGGUAAAAUUUCUUCACAAGACCCAGGAGAACCCAAUGGUACCCAUAGGCUGCCUGGGCACGGCGGCCGCCCUAACCUACGGCCUCUACUGCUUCCAUCGGGGUCAGAGCCACCGCUCUCAGCUCAUGAUGCACACCCGGAUCGCCGCCCAGGGCUUCACGGUCACAGCCGUCUUGCUGGGUCUGGCUGCAUCUGCUAUGAAGUCUCGAUCCUGA